AUGUCAGUUCUGUCAGUUCUAGUAUUUAUAGCCCAUGGGACUUCUCUCCGUAGGGGCUACUCCCAAAAACCACCAGACGAUGCGACCCUUCUCGAGCUGUUCUCACGCAUCCUCGUGGGCCAAGAGAAAUCCCCAACAACGGCUAAUUCGACUCAAGGCGAACUCUGCGCCGCGUUGGAACAAGGCAUCAACUUGAGUUGGGAGGGUGUCUAUGAUUUUGUUAAUCCUUUUGGCGACAGCCGAGGUGGUUUAUUCAACAGCGUUUGGACAUUCUAUUUCAACAAAGAUGUGCUUUUCCUCACAAAGCAGGAUCGAUUCUGCUCAACGCCUCUCGAACUUGCUUGUGAAAGACUGCUCACUCUGGACGAUUUCGAGCUGCUAAGCUCACCUACGCCAACACCCCCAGACGAACAGACUCUCCCAGGACCCUACUGGGACCCUGAACUUAACCACUUACCGCAGAAAAGGGCGUUUGUGGGCAAAAUUCUCCGUGACUUUGCCUACACAUGGCGACAUGUUCUUCGAAGACAAAUGAACACCACAGCGUUUGUUAAGCUGGCAUAUGCUACCAUCUGGAUCUCAACAAUGCAAUUUACUCUAAUAGAACGCACGGGAUUCGAACAUAUCGCUAUCGGUGGACCAUAUGUUCAAUUGGUCGACCUGCCAAGCUGGAAGACUCCCGAGGCGACUCUCGUCCAAGUGGGCUCGUCCUGGUUUGCCUUAGCACAGGACAUCGAGGAGGGAGUUAAAAUGGUACGACGCCAUAUGAACAGUCACCCAUCGCUCAAAGACGCUACGACCAAUGUGGUAACGUAUGCUAUCCUAACUCCUCGGCAAGUCGUUCUUUGCAAGGUUCAGGGGAGUGAGCUCGUGCGGACACGGCCAGAGGCACUAUUCGACGACAUUUCUCCAUCCGAUACCGCUAUCGACAUGAUUUUCUGGGCAACCAACACGACUCACACCGAGCCACAACCAAUUACAAUCAACUUUCUUCCUGUUGAGAUUCAGGAUAGAAUUCUCUAUUAUGCAACAACUAGCUUAGUUGCGUCAGCCAAAUUGGGAUGUGAACUUGGUCUAGGGUCGCCGUUCUCCUGGGCUGAUAGAGGCGUAAAGAUCGGGGUUCAAGAGUUCAAGCGGCACAGGUUUGAAAGUUCGCCCGUAGAAUCCCAAGUCGCUUUCAAUGGAAUGAUGAGCGGCUUGUCCUACAAGCGGGAGCGCGGGUACCAGGCAACACCUUUUAGGCUAACCCCAGUUCUACCUCCUAGACCGAAGUAG